UAGUUUGUUCCGUCCAUAUCCUAAAAAGAGUCUCUAAAAAGGCCACAAAAAUCCUCAAAACUCAACAAAAGUAUUUUGAGUACUUCAACAAUGGCUGCCGCUACAGCUGCCAUUUUCACCCUCCCAAAGCUGUACAAAUCCUCCACUAACCCAAAACCCAUUUCCUUUCUUUCCCCAAAAUCCAUCCUCUCUUCUUCUUUUUCCAUUUCCUCUGUUCCAUUCAAGGUACAACACCCAAAGAGCAAUGUACAACCCCUUUCAUAUACCACCACUCCAAGAAUCUCCGCUGCAAUCUCCGUCGGAGACAAACUACCCAAUUCCACACUUUCCUACCUCGAUUCAUCCGAUGAACUGAAGACCCUUUCCGUCUCUGACCUCACAUCUGGGAAAAAAGUCGUCCUGUUUGCUGUCCCAGGUGCAUUUACACCAACAUGUUCACAGAAACACCUUCCUGGUUUCGUGGAGAAGUCUAAGGAGCUAAAAUCCAAAGGGGUUGACACAAUUGCUUGUAUUUCAGUCAAUGAUGCUUUUGUGAUGAAAGCUUGGAAGGAGAAUUUGAACAUCAGUGAUGAAGUUUUGCUGUUGAGUGAUGGAAAUUUGGAGUUUACAAAGGCAAUUGGGUGUGAACUAGACCUUAGUGAUAAGCCUAUUGGACUUGGUGUUAGGUCUAGAAGAUAUGCCAUGCUUGUGGAUGAUGGGGUUGUUAAAGUGUUGAAUUUGGAAGAAGGUGGAGCUUUCAAUGUUAGCAGUGCAGAAGAUAUUCUCAAGGCCCUUUAGAAGGUUUAUUUGUCUUUUUCUUUCUUGUUUCUUGCUUUUGAGGAAAUGUUGAUGAUAAUCAUGAGGCUAAAGUGUUGCUUUCAAGUGUUUGAUUACUAGUCUUUGUGAUAAAUAAUACAGAUGUCUUCAAAGAUUAUGAAGCUAAUUAGUUAAAGUA